CGCCUUCCCGACGUUUUUCUGGCCAACUCGAGUAUGUUCGGCACCUAUCUAGGUUAGAGAGACACGAAAGCAUAUUUCCUUUACUCCAUGCUGCUAAUGACAAGAAGACAAAUGGAGAACUAGAUUUUGUGAUGGCUGAAUUUGCAGAAGUCACUGGGCACAGAAGGGAGAAUGUGAAUUUUGACUCUACUCCUAAAGCUUCAGACAAGACAGUAAAUAAGAAGACAGGACUGCCUGGAUCUGAGGGAGCUACUUCCACAUCUGGAAUUGCAUCUCAGACUACUUCAGGUGUGCUAUCUGGUUCUGGCGUUUUGAAUGCUAGACCAGGAAGUGCAGCUUCAUCAGGGUUGCUUUCGCACGUGGUCUCAACUCUGAAUGCAGAUGUAGCUCGACACUACCUAGAAAAGGUUGCUGACCUUCUACUUGAGUUUGCGCAAGCAGAUACAAAUGUUAAAUCACACAUGUGUAGCCAGGGUUUGCUCCUCCGUCUUUUCCAGAUGUUUAACCGGAUAGAGGGCCCCAUUCUUUUGAAGAUACUGAAGUGCAUAAAUCAUCUGUCAAUGGACCCAAAUUGCUUAGAAAGUCUCUAGCGUGCAGAGGCAAUUAAAUAUCUGAUUCCAAACCUUGAACUUAAAGACGGGCCACUUAUAUCGCAGAUACAUCA